AUGUCUGCUGCAACCAUAAUUAACGCUGUUACUCUUCAAUUUAGUCGAUUUGCUCCACUCGCAGUAUUUAUUUUUGGUGUUCCUGGAAAUAUUUUCAAUAUUCUAAUUUUUACACGUCCAAAUCUUAUCAAAAAUCCAUGUUCAACUUACUUUAUCUGCGCAUCAUUCGCCAAUUUUGGUGAUCUUUUCUUUGGUCUAGUUUUACGUUCUCUUUCUGAUGGUUUUGGCGUUGAUCCUGCUUCAUAUAAUGUGACACUUUGUCGAUUUCGUUAUUUUUUUCUUCAUUCUUCAUUGGCUCUCUCAUCAUGGUUUAACAUCUUAGCUGGUAUUGAUCGUUUUUGUAUUAGUUCAAGAAAUGCACAUCGUCGUCAACUAAGCAACCUCAAAUAUUCACGUUAUAUAUCCGCUAUAACAACAUUUGUAGGUUGGGCUAUAUAUUCUCAUGUUCUUGCUUUAUUCACUAUUGAACAACUCAAAACUGGCCCGUAUUGUUAUGCUUUAACUGGACCUUAUCGAGUCUUUUAUGAUUUCUUUUACUUUGCUACAUUUAGUUUUACACCACCGAUAAUUAUGAUUAUUCUUGGAUUAGCAACCUAUCAUAAUGUGCAUCAGACACGUUCACAUGUUGCUCCCAUAGUGACAAAUAACGCAAAUACUGGUCAAUUAAAAAGAAGAGAUCGACAACUACUAAAGAUGGCAUGUAUACAAUUUAUAUGUACUGUUAUACUCACGUUACCUAUUGCUAUUCAAAAGUUAUAUGCUACAUUCACACAAAAUGUAGUCAAAGGAGCAACUCAAGUAGCAAUUGAAAAUUUUAUAACAAUAUUGUUAAGAGUAUUUGUCUAUAUUAAUGCUAGUACAAGUUUCUAUAUGUAA